AUUAUGUGAGAUUAAAUCAAGCUUUUUGGUUUUAGGGGCUCAAGAGGAGGCAAAAAGAAAGAAAGACUGUGAAGAAUUUGGAAAUAUAAUGAAGGAUGAGUUGAGAAAAGAAUGUCCGGAUUACAUGACUAGGAGAUCAGAAACUGAUUAUUUAAAUAACCACCUAAGUGAUCGACACAAAAAGAUUAUUAAUCUUGAAUUUUUACAAUGCCCACAUGACGAUGGUGAUGAUGCUUAUUAUGCCUUAGAACUUUUAGGCUGGGAAUGUGGUGAAAAAGAUCCCGGCGAUCGUGAGAUUAUAGAUGAAUUGAUGACGGAAAGAGAUUCGCGUUUGAAUGAUGAACUCGAGGAAUUCUUAUAUUUUGACGAGAAUAGGGAUAUAUAUAGGGAUACAUAUGGGUACGAUCAGGCUGAAGGGGGUUUCAGUUCGGUGUAUAAUGCUAUAUGGUCAGGAGGAAUAAGAAAAAUUGAGAUUGGUGAUGAUUUUAUAAGAGCUCGUAGUGAACCAUACACUGUUGCUCUUAAAACAUUUAAAGAUGAAAAUAAUAGCUUGGUAGAAAUUGAAAAUCAUUUGGAGUGCAGAUUUGUUGGUAGUGGAUUAAAAAUUUACGGAAUAACAAGAAAUACAUUAGCCAAUGGGCGUUUCAAAAAAACGACGUUAAAGAUUAUUGAUGGUUUACGUCCUGAUUGUGCUCCCAGAACUCCAAAAUACUAUAAAAAGUUAGUAUAUGUACAGACUCGGAUCCUCAGAAAAGACCCAGUGCUGUAG